CUAAGUCCGUGACUAAAUUUUAUAUAUAUGCAGGAGCAGCUCAUUGAACAGAACCACAUCAAUUCAUUCCCAGUAUAUACAGUAUCCGUUUGAAAGAUCGAAGGAUGUAGUCUAUCUUCUAUCAUUUUUCCUGUUUAUGCAGAUAAUAAGGCAUAAUGUAUAAACAAAAUAGAAGUUGGAUGUAUGAUAAAGAUGCGGUAUUGUACGGAAUGCAAUCAAAUUUUCUCGAGGGAGUCGGGGAAUUUAUUGAAUUUGCACUUGAACAUCCGGCUUAUAUGAGUGGUGAUAAAAUAAGAUGUCCAUGUUCAAAGUGUAAAAAUCUCAAAUUUAAAGACCCACACGAAGUUGGGUAUGAUUUGUACGCGGUCGGUUUUGUUCCCAAUUAUUAUAAUUGGACUUCUCACGGCGAACCUUUGGAUCCAUCUGUUAUACCACAAACGGUAGGUUCGUCUCGUUACGUCCCUCCAGAGAUGAGUGCGUGGGGAGACCGUGCUGAAAUGAGGUGGGACCAACAAAUGGUAUAUGACGCAUACGGUGUACCGUCUCAAUUCAACCCCCCACAACCACCUAACGACCCCCCUGAAGCCUCAACCUCGUAUCAACCAGAUGCGGAUGAAAAUCCGACAUUUUAUCAACCUUAUGUGGAUGAAGGUUUGGCUGAGAGAUUUCAGGAUGUUCUAAAAGCUGUCGACCAACCUCUGUAUGCUGAUUGUGAGGGAUACUCUCAGCUAUCCGCUGUUACUGAGUUCAUGAACAUAAAAGCCGAAUACAGUCUCCCUGAAACUUGCAUGAAUAGAGUCUUGCAGUCAGUAGGAGGGAUGCUACCGCGAGAUCAUACCCUUCCCGAUUCAUAUUACCACAUGAAGCAGUUAAUGUCUAAGUUGGGGCUACCUUGUGUUGAAAUUGAUGCGUGCCCGGAAGGAUGUAUGUUGUUCUGGAAGGAGGAUGAGGCACUUGAGUUCUGCAAGUUCUGUGGUGGAGACAGAUACAAACCUGUUCGUCAAGGUAAAAAGAAACCACGACAUAGGUGAAGAAAUUUAUAACCGGGUUCGACAUUUUCCUACGGCUAUGGAAGAGCCAAACCAAGAGCCAUAUGGGUAUUGUGAUACCCAUAAGUGGACAAAGAGGAGCAUAUUCUGGGAGUUGCCUUAUUGGAAAGACCUUCUCAUCCGUCACAAUUUAGAUGUCAUGCACACCGAGAAGAACGUCUUUGACAAUAUAUUUAACACGGUGAUGGAUUUGAAAGGCAAAACUAAAGACGGUCUUGCAGCUAGGAAAGAUAUGACUAUUUGGUGUGAUAGACCCGAACUUUCUGUUGAUCUAGAAUAUCAGGGCAAGGAAGUUCCAAAAGUAGUCUACCAGGUCACAGAACCACAAAAGGCAGCAAUAUUAAAAUGGCUUGCGUCUCAGAAGUUUCCAGAUGGCUACUGCUCCAACUUGUCUAGAUGCGUAGACAUGAACAAACUUACCACGACGACGAGCAUGAAAACUCACGAUGCUCAUGUAAUAAUGCAAAGACUUCUACCAAUUGCACUAAAAGAGAUGCUCCCUGAACACGUAUGGUCCUGCAUUACUGAAAUCAGUUUGUUGUUUCAAUCGAUAUGUUCCAGUGUUUUGGAUGCGGCAUCCCUCCGGAGACUACAAGAGUCUGUUCCCAUUCUGAUGUGUAAUCUGGAAAAAAUAAUGCCACCAUCGUUUUUCGAUACAAUGGAACAUCUCAUAAUACAUCUUCCGUAUGAGGCUUUGACUGCUGGGCCCGUCUUCUAUAGGUGGAUGUACAGAUUUUAAAGAUUUCUAGGAGAGCUGAAAAAGAAAGUGACCAACAAGGCACACGUUGAGGCUUCAAUUUGUCAAGCGUAUCUUCAACAAGAAAUCUCAACGUUCUCGUCUUUUUACUUCGAGCGUGAGGUCAUCACCAGAAGGAAGAGACCUGCCCGGAACGAUGACAUUGGCGAGGAUUUAUAUGAAAAUGUAGUUUCCAUCUUUAAUUACCCAGGCAGAGGUAAAGGUGCUGCGACACAACGAUACAUCCUGGGUGGGGAAUUGCAAAUUGCGCAUACUUAUAUCCUCAUGAAUUGUCCAGAAAUCUCACCGUUUUAUCAUGAAUUCCGAGCUUCUUUAUCAGCCUUUCCUGAGAAUGAAAUUGAUGCGUUGGUGGACUCUGAUUUUGUAAAUUGGUACAAGUAUCAGAUCAAUAGUCGUGGGAUUGUCGACCCUUUGUUAGUAUCAUUAGCGUGGGGCCCAGGUGCCAGUGCCAAUGUGUGGCGGCAAUAUGUGAUAAACGGUUACACAUAUCACACAGCCGAUUACGGAGAGGGCCGACCAACAACGAACAGCGGGUUAUGUGUCCCGACCAUCGGUUAUGAUAACUCGGAAACCAAUUUUUUGGGUGUCCUGCAGGAGAUUCUGGAACUUGAGAUGCCUUCUAGUGCGAAAAAAAUGACAUGCGUUCUGUUCCGCUGCACAUGGGUUGAUCCCACACGUGGCGUGCGAAAAAAUCCGAAGUAUAAUAUGAUUGACGUCAACCACUCUCGUGUGUACCCGAAAAAUGAGCCUUUCAUACUCGCCCAACAAGCAGCGCAGAUUUAUUAUGCAGAAUAUCCUACAACAAGGCGGACCCAGAAUCCUUGGGUGUGUGCAUGUCCUGUCCGUCCGAACAAAAUUAAAUCACAAACUCAACACAAGGACGUUGAUCUAGAUGCUUUUCAGCAACAAUUUUUCCAACCUCCGCCUAUUGUUGAGACGGUCAACUAUAACGUCCAAUUAAGUGAUCCAAAUGGCGGACGUGUUGAAGUCAUGCCAGAAACGCACCUUCCGGACCUAACCAUUCCAUCUGAGCGCGAAAUUGAGGAAAUGUAUGUAGCACAACAAAAUGCUCAAUAUCAGGAAGAAGGUGAAUGGAUAGACGGUUCAGAUACAGAAGAAGACACUAUAUAUGUAGAAAAUAACGAUUC